AUGAGGACCUCAGGCUCUGGCCUCAGGAAUCGGGAUGGCUACUGAGCUAGCUCCGGAUCUGGUAUUAAUUGGCGCAGGAACGAGGUCGCUAGGACGGUCCCCAGGACGCUAGGAGUUAGAACUAGGACAGAGGUUCCUUCCCUCCAGUUUUAGCAAGAUCGGGCAACAUACAGCCUUUCUGUUGCAAGCUGCUGGGUUGGCUUUGCCGCCCCUUGCGGAGGUGGGUUUACCUCGAAUUGUGGGCCCCGCCUGGUGUAUGGAAGGCCGCAGGUCUCCGCUGGCCAAGCGGACUGGCAGCAUGGGGGGCUGGCCGGCAUCCAGCAGCAGAGUGAGCCAGGCACUGCUGCUGGCGGGCUGCCUCCUCGCCGCCGUGCUCCUCUUCAAGUACCUCAGCACCGGCAUCUCCUACGCGCCCCCCUCCGUGUUCUCCCAGCCGCAGAAGGGCGUCACCCAUGUUCUGGUCACCGGUGGGGCCGGCUUCAUUGGCUCCCAUGCCACGCUGCGCCUCCUCUCCGACGGCCACAGAGUCACCAUUGUGGACAAUCUGUCGCGCGGCAACUUGGGCGCGGUGCGCGUGUUGCAGCGGCUGGCCCCCGCGGCGCGGCUCCAGUUUGUGGAGGCGGACCUGGGGGACCUGCCGGCCGUGGAGCGCCUGUUUGCGCGCAACCACUUUGACGCGGUGAUGCACUUUGCGGCGGUGGCGUUUGUGGGGGAGAGCGUGGAGCAGCCGCUGCAGUACUACCACAACAUCACGGCCAACACGCUCACGCUGCUGGAGGCCGUGCAGCGCCACGGCGUGAAGCGCAUCAUCUACUCCUCCACCUGCGCCACCUACGGCGAGCCCGACACCAUGCCCAUCACCGAGGACACGCCCCAGCGGCCGAUCAACCCGUACGGCCUGUCCAAGAAGAUGGCGGAGGACAUGAUCCGGGACUUCUCGAAAGCCAACCCGGACAUUGCGUUUGCGAUCCUACGGUACUUCAACGUCAUUGGCUCCGACCCCGAGGGCCGCCUGGGGGAAUGGCCGCGGCCAGCGCUGCGGCACUACGGCCGGAUAUCGGGGGCCUGCUUCGACGCGGCUAUGGGCCACAUCCCGGGCUUGAAGGUGAUGGGCACCAACUACCCCACGCGGGACGGCACGUGCAUCCGCGACUACAUCCACGUGACCGACCUGGUGGACGCGCACGUGGCGGUCCUGCCGCAGCUGCAGCCGGGCGUCAUCCGCACCUUCAACGUCGGCACGGGCAAGGGGUACUCGGUGCGCGAGUUUGUGGAUGCGUGCCUCAAGGUGACGGGCAAGCCGAUCAAGGUGGUGGAGCAGGCGGAGCGACGGCCCGGGGACUACGCCGAGGUGUUCAGCGACCCCAGCAAGAUUCAGCGCGAGCUGGGCUGGCAAGCGCGGUUUACAGACCUCGAGGAGAACCUCCGCAUGGCCUGGGCCUGGAGGAAAGAGCACCCCAGCGGAUACUAGUAUAAUGCGGCAACUGCCGGGGGAGCAUGCGUUGCUCCAUCGUUCCCUUGAGACAGGCGGGGUUGCAGGUUGGAUCAACUCACUACUUGAAUGUACAGAACGUCUGUCCCCUAAUUUAGAACGGGCUGCACCUGAGCGACUCAUUGACAAUAUCCCCCACACAAAUCCGGCCGCAUGAAACUUGCGGACGGCGGUUGGCUCUGUUCAUGCAGCGCAUGGACAUGCAUCUGUGUGGCCCACCCGAAAUAGUUACAUCGCAACGUCAUCGGUCUGGUUUAGGGCUUUGCCUCAUUAGAGAAUCCCUUUCUUGUUUAGGGCUUUGUCUCAUUAGAGAAUCCCUUUCUUGAACCCGUUCUUUGGGAGGCAUCUCUAAAUCAUUCGGAACAUUGUCUCGUUCAAGUUUUUCGGCAAUGAUGUUGAUUAUGCCUUUGAGAGACGGCAUGAGUCAUCUGCUUCAAGAAUCGUGGUAAAGAAACAAAUGCAUCGUAGCCUCGUGGGU